AUGACCUACGCGAUUGGUAUGGCAAUUGGACCCGUUGUGGGCGGCGCCAUUGUUCAGAACACGGAUUGGAGAUGGGACUUCUAUAUCAACCUUCCUUUUGGCGGUGUCUCCAUGGCCCUCCUCUGGCUAUUCCUGCGUGUCAAAUGGGACAAGGAGACCAAGUCAUGGGACAAACUCAAGCGGAUCGACGUGGCGGGCAACGCCUUGCUUGUGGCAUCCACCGUAUCGGUACUGAUCGCUCUGACUUGGGUCGGUGCCGAGAGCCCUUCCAGGCAGGCGUGGAGGAGAAGGAGUCGGCCGCCGCCGCCGCGAGUUGGUUCUCUGUGCACAGCUUCGGCAACAUAUGAGGUGUUGCAAUCCCGGGUGCCAUCCUGA